AUGACGGAGCCUCCGCACCGAGUCCCUGUGACUGUACUUUCGCAAUCAUUUUGGAUUGAUCCAGCGUACAGCAUUACGCGUGGUCUUGGGCAAGGCGCCUACGGCUGUGUCGCAUCCGCGGUGCACCGUGCGUCGGGCGAGAGUAUUGCAAUCAAGCGCAUUUCCAAAGUGUUUACCAAGAAGAUCCUCACGAAGCGUGCCUUGCGUGAGAUCAAGCUGCUUGCUCACUUCCGAGGCCACAAAAACAUUACGUGUUUGUACGACCUUGACAUUACCGACCCGCAUGCGUUCAACGAAGUGUAUUUAUAUGAGGAACUGAUGGAGGCCGACCUGCACGCGAUUAUUCGCUCCGGACAGCCGCUUAGCGAUGCGCACUUUCAGAGCUUUAUUUACCAAACGUUGUGUGGCCUCAAGUACAUCCACAGCGCGAAUGUGCUGCACCGUGAUUUGAAGCCAGGCAACCUGCUCGUAAAUGCCGACUGCGAGCUAAAGAUUUGCGACUUUGGCCUUUCGCGCGGCUAUGAUGCCCAGCAACAUACGGUUGCGCCAGGCGCGCAAGAUUUCAUGACUGAGUACGUCGCUACACGCUGGUACCGUGCGCCGGAAAUCAUGCUUUCGCACCAAAAUUACACGACCGCAAUUGACUUGUGGUCUGUCGGGUGCAUUUUGGCCGAGCUGCUCGGUAGACGGCCCCUAUUCAAAGGCCACGACUAUGUGGACCAGCUCAACCAAAUUUUGCACCACCUCGGAACGCCGCCAGAGGAUGUGCUGCAACGCGUUGCAAGUCCGCGUGCGCAGCAAUACAUUCGCUCGCUCCCCUACAAGCAGCCGAUUCCUUUCGAGCAGCUCUUUCCCGACGCGGCACCGCUUGCUCUUGAUCUGCUUCGUAAACUGCUUGCGUUCGAUCCUGCAGAGAGAAUCACUUGCGAGCAGGCACUCGCGCACCCCUACCUUGCCGUAUGGCACGACCCUUCUGACGAGCCAGUCUGUGCACAAAAGUUUGACUUUAGCUUUGAGCGUGUGGACGACAUCGAGGGCAUGAAAAAAUUGAUUCUCAGCGAGGUGAUUAGUUUUCGCCGCGAGGUGCGUUUGCAAGCACAGGCGCGCCAGGCAAUGAUGCAGGGCGCUGUGCAGGCACAGACGCCCCUGGCAGAGGCUGCGCCGACGAGCGCAAGCCACCGCAAGCCCGACGCCGCGUCUGAUAUUUCUUUUCGCACGCCCGACCAGACAAAGUACAAUAUACUUGGGGAGAGCGUCGGGAUGGGCGACGGGCCGGGGGAGGAGACUGUGCCGGAGAACAGUAUGGUCGAGGAUCCAUGCGAGUCGUUGAACCGCGAGCUGAACCGAUACUCAUAG